AUGCGCGUCGGUUUCUUUGCUCUCCUUUUUGCCGCGUCUACUCCCUUGGCGUCCGCCGCUCCGUCUCCUGCACCUACCUACCACACGCGCGGAAUGGGUAGACUGGAACAGCACGUUCAGUAUACCCAAAAAGCACUCCAUCACGACACUCAAGAACCAAAGUCCUACGAUAAAGCCUCUACAGACCCAAAAAGCGCUGAGAAGCACCUCAACGCUGCCCAUUACCAUUCGUUAAUCGCGAGUUCGCAUAGGUCAACUGCCAGUAGACACUUGAAGGAGGCUAUGAAGCAUGCUGGGGACAAUCCCCAUGCGCGAUGGAUCGAAGGGCCGAGCCGUCAUCGUCGAAGCAUAGACGAUUUGGACUAG